AUGUUUACUAGUGGAAAAAUUUUUACUGCUCCUUUUAUAUGGAAUGGAGAUGAAUUUUUAAAAAAUUAUGUUAUUAAGGCAAAUAAUGAUGGUGUUAUUGAGGAAGUUGUACCUUUUGAUGAGUUAUCAGAAAAAGAAAAGUUAGAUGUUGUUAUGUUUCAAGAUCAGAUUAUACUUCCUGGUUUUGUUAAUUGUCAUAGUCAUUCAUUUCAUAGAUUUCUUCGAGGAAAAAGUUGUAUAGGUACUCCGGGUGAAGAAAAUUUCUGGAAAUGGAGAGACAAUAUGUAUUCAUUAGUUCAAAAUAUUGAUUAUAAAAAAAUGUUAUAUUUUUGUAAAAUAACCUUUAAAGAAAUGGUUGAAGCAGGUAUUACAACAGUUGGAGAAUUUCAUUAUCUUCAUCAUUCAAAUAUUAAAGAAAAAAAUUUUGAUCUUGAUAAAGCAGUAAUUGAAGCUGCAACUGAAAUAGGAAUACGCCUUGUCUUAAUUGUUACAUUAUAUACAUUUCCUGGUUUAAAUCGUUCAGAAGAACUUAAUCAAACUCAGAAACAUUUUGAAUGUAUUAUAGAUGAAUUUAUUGAACAUCUUAAUAAUUUAAAAAAAACAAUUAAAAUGGAUAAUGUAUCAAUAGGUGUUGCUGCACAUAGUAUUAGAGCAGUAGAUGAAAAUAGUCUUAAAAAAUUAUGGAUAUUUUAUUGUAUGAAGUAUCUUUGUAGAAGACCAAGUGAAAUAAUACUUGAAAAUUUUAAGUCUAUUGGACCUGUAAAUUUGACAGCUGUCCAUUGUUCUUUUACUACAAGAAAACUAAUGAAUGAAUUAAAACAAAAUGACACAAAAAUAUGUGUAUGCCCACUUACAGAAGGUUACUUAGGAGAUAACAUACCAAUUCUUGAUUCAGAAGAUCAAAUUGUUCUUGGAAGUGAUUGUAAUAAUAGAAUAUCAAUGUUAGAAGAAGCUCGAUGGUUAGCUUUUGGGCAACAUUUAAGAAAUAACAAUAGAAAUCAUGGAAAAUUUGAUGCAAACAAAUUGAUAAAAAUUCUAACAGAAAAUGGAAGUAAAAGUUUAGGAUUAGAAAAAACAAUAGGAAAACUUGAAAAAGGUUACAAACUUGAUUUUACCACAAUUAAACUAAAAUCUACUGUAAUGAGAGAGACUCAAAAGCAGGAAGAUAUUAAUGAUUCCAUUAUUUUUUCAUGUGAUAAUAAAGAAAUUGGAAACGUAUAUGUUAAUGGAAAAAUGGUGUACAGUUGUUGUUAG